UUCUCGAGAAAUUACAUGCUAAUCAAGACAAAUUACAAUCUGGGGCUCACAUGUGCAUGGUUAAGCUGGAAGAUGGACGAAAACACAGACCUUGACAGAUUGACUAAACAAUUUGAUAGGAUUUGUUCAAAUCCUGAAACUUUUCUUGAUCCACAAACUAACCUUAGCAAGGAAUUUAUAUCAUCAUCAAAAUAUUUGUAUGAUUUUAUGAAAGAAUUCGAGUUUAAUUAUACGAAAAGAGGGAAUUCUUUGCAAGAACUUCUAGUCACAGGAUUUGACAAUGAACAGAUAUGGCAACAAAUAGAACUGCAAAAUAAUCAUUUUGCAAGUCUUUCAAGAAAUAACGUAAAAGCAUUGAAAUCUUUGAAUGAGAGUGCAACUAAAAUUGAAGUAAUAGAUCAAGCUGAUAUAAAUAAUGAUUUUGUUGACGAUGAAGUUAAGGAGAAUGAUAUUACUGAUGAAGAUAAUGAAGACGAAGAUGUCGAGGAUGAGGAUGAAACCUCAUGUGCACCUAUUAAAAAAUAUAAAUCUACUGUAGUGGACGAUCCGUUUUUCAAACUGCGUGAAAUGGAGGAUUUUUUAGAUCAGCAAGAUCGACUGGAGGAAGUUCAAAGGGAUGGGGGUGGUCCAGCUAAAAAUGAUGAUGAUGAUAUUGAUUUCUUUAAAGCUGAAAAUAGUGAUGAUGACACUCAAACGAAGUCAUAUCUUAUGUUUAAAGACUUCUUCGACAAGCCUAGACAACCCAAAAACAUGCCGCAAUCAAAAAUAAAUGAGCUGGAGCUGGACCAAGGGUUUGCAGAUGAAACAAAUGUUGCUCAAGAUAAUUUUGCGACAGAAGUAUCAAAAGUUAAAGAAGGAGAAGACUUUGAUUUACAAUAUGCUUCACAUGGUGCAGCUUUAAAAUCCACAUUCGAACGUAGACAAGAAGAGAUUGAGCUAAAAAUAAGCAGACUAGAAGAGUCGAAUUUGUCUAACAAACCUUGGCAACUAAAAGGAGAAGCAACUUCUAGAGUCCGUCCUGUUAACAGCUUAUUAGAAGAACAUAUCAGUUUCGACCACACUUCAGUUGGAGCUCCUGUUGUAACAGAAGAGACCACUGAGACAUUAGAAGAUAUAGUUAAACAAAGAAUAAAAGAUCAGGCAUGGGAUGAUGUGCAACGGAAACAGAAGCCGACAACGCAACCAUUUGAAUACAAGAAAGCGCCUGAGCUGAACAUGGAGAAAAGCAAGUUAAGUCUUGCGGAAGUGUACGAGAAAGAGUAUCUAAAACAAGCAGAGAACGAAAAAGAAGAGGAAAAAGAAAGUGAAGAGCAUGUGUUGAUCAAGCAACUCAUGGAUAAAUUAUUUGUCCAACUUGAUGCGCUAUCCAACUUUCAAUUUACUCCAAAGCCGCCAAGGCCCGAAUUGAAGAUCAUAUCAAACGCACCGUCACUCCAGAUGGAGGAAGUGACACCUAUCACAAUGACGACGGCGACGCAACUUGCACCAGAAGAAUUAUACGAUAAAAAGAAGGGUGACGUUAAAGGCGACGGUGAGAAAACAGCUGAAGAUCGUAAACGUGAAAGGCGUCAGAAAAAGAUUAAGAAGAAGUUCGCAAGCAAGGAAAAGGAGAAGAAAGAAAAACUAAAAGCUAAAUCUGGUAAUAUAGCAAAAUCUUCGACGAAGACAGCAAUCGAUAUGUUGAAGAAAGGAACGAGAAAUACUAUCGUUAGCGAGAAGAACGCUGCCGUAAAAAGUGUUAAAUCUAGUAACGAAUUUUUUACGCGAUUGCAAGAUGAAGCUAAAAAGAACAUUACGAAACAGAAAUCUUCGGCAAAUAACAUUAAGAUAAAAAAGAAAAAGAAAUCUGCGGAGGCUUUUAAAUUAUAAAUUUUUAUCUACCCUUAAUUAAAGAGAGAAUCACUGAAGCGUUAAAUUCACAAGUUUUUUUUGUAGGUUUGUGAUAUCCCUAGAUGUUGUUGUGCACAUUGGUGCACAUCAUCGAGGUGGAAAAAAAUAAUUUUGCGAUUCAAGGUGGGUGUGAAUUGUUUUUAUUCACGAAACUUCAUAGUUCUUUGUGAUUUUUCACUUUACUUGAUUUUACAUAACACGUAGAAAUAUAUACCUUAAGUUUUCCUCGCGAAAUAUCAAUAUGUCGAUUCUCCGCGAAA